AUGAAUAUAGACUCAUUAUGUCACUGGGUAGUUCUGCCGAUAUUGCGCUGUCCACUUCUGGUAACUCUCGUAUUGAGACGAUCUCUGAGUAAUUCAAUAAAUCUUUAUUUGGCAGUCUAUACAGUACUGGUAAAUGCUUUUAUCAUUUUCAAUUCCUAUAUAAAGCGAUCAGGACAAAUCAAGUGGAAGAGUCUUCGAGAAUUUAAAAAUGGCAUAGUUCUUGUGACUGGAGGAAGCAAAGGGCUUGGACAGGCCAUAGUAUUGCAGCUUAUACAAAAUUACAGCAAUCUUACCGUCUUGAACGUCGAUAUAUGCCCAUCAUCAAUGAGGGAUCCUCGUGUGAAGGACCUGAUUUGCGAUCUAAGUGAUGAGGAGGAGGUCAUAUCCUUACUGGAUAUACUGAAAAGAAAGUAUAAAGAUGAAAUCCGGUUAAUUGUGAAUAAUGCAGGAGUAAGAGCAAAUUUCACCGAUUUCGACCACAUGAAACGGGACAACCUCGAUAAAGUGUUCAAGAUCAACACAUUUGCACCGCUUCAGUUCAUUCAGAAAUUGGCACCUAGUAAACAUUCUACUAGACAAUGUUAUAUCAUUAACAUCGCAAGCAUUUUAGGUAUAUUGACACCAGCUAAAAUAGCAGGUUAUGCAGCGAGCAAGGCAGCACUGAUAGCCUUCCAUCAGUCGUAUAGUUUUGAAUUGCAAGAUGAAGGCGUAGAAAAUAUCAGAACAUUAUUGGUGACACCAGGGCAACUGAAUACAGAAAUGUUUUCAGGAUUUAACCCUCCACGCCAAUUUUUUGCUCCUAUAGUAAAUGUUAACAGUUUGGCCACUAGAAUAGUUCGCUGUUGCGAACUGGGUGAGAGGGGACAACUCAAUAUGCCCUUUUAUUGUAGUUUUGCUCAUCUCUUGAUGUGCAUACCUUAUUCGUUGCAACGUAUCAUAAGAAGUUUUUCUUGCAUAGAUUGUUGCCUUCCGGAAGAGUAG